UCAAAUCCUCACCCCAGUCCUAUAAAAAGGGAACUUGUGUGCAGUCAGGAACUCAAGUGCAGAGGAUCAGAACGGAUGAUAACACAGCCACUCAAGUCUCCUGUAGCCAGGCCUAAACACGGUGGUCGCGCCACCCCCGUUCGGCAUGAAAACCAUCAAGGCACUUAAAAAUGCAGUCAUCUGUCUUAUUUUGCUGCCUCGCUUCCUGGUGGCUGCGGUCAUGCUCUGGUUCCUCGAUUUUCUGUGCGUAAGGAAAAUGCUGUUCAAAAUGCGGGAGACCGAGGGGAGCGCAGAUGAUCCACCUCUGUGUAUCUCUGAUUCUAAUCGGAUGUUCAGCCUGGAGUCGCUGAAAGCGGUCUGGCACGGUCAUAAACUGGACUUCUUUAAAUCGGCGCACUUGGGACACGAAGCGCCGAACACCGAAGUUGUGCAGCUUGGAGACCGAAAAGCAACCCGGAUUCUUGACUAUGCGAAAGGCAAGAGACCACUAAUUCUAAACUUUGGUAGUUGUACCUGACCACCAUUUAUGACACGCCUGAAGGCGUUCCAGCGGGUUAUAAACCAAUACGCUGAUAUAGCAGACUCCGUUGUUGUGUAUAUAGAGGAGGCGCAUCCGUCAGAUGGAUGGGUGAGCUCCGAUGCGCCAUACCAAAUCCCCCAACACCGUUGUCUUCAGGACAGACUGAAAGCGGCAGAGUUGAUGAACCAAGAAGUGCCGGGUUGUCUUGUGGUCGCAGACAGUAUGGAGAAUUCGUCAAAUGCCGCGUACGGGGCGUAUUUCGAUAGACUUUACAUACUCCAGGACAACAAGGUUGUGUACCAAGGAGGCAGGGGACCGGAGGGAUACCGAAUAUCUGAACUGAGGAACUGGCUUGAUCAGUACAGACACAGUAUUGAAAAUUCCAGAAAUGUUGUCAUUCAUAUAUAAUUUAAACAUUCUGUUUCCCCCACGUUUAGAAAUUUGAACCAAGGCUGUUAUCAUUGACAGACUGCAAUCCCACUAGUGUUGUUCCCUCUCUUAUUAUAGGACUCAAACCAAUGACAUUGUUUGUGAAGGCGGAAAAGUGUAUUAUCACAAGACAAUAAGUUGUGUCCUAUAACUCUUUAGUUUAUUUUACUCUUGGGCAUCUGAACAUCUCCGUUAGGUAUUCAAUCAAUUAUGUUGUUUACUUGUUAGUUAUCAAUCGCAUAUUUGUAUAUUCGAAUUAUAUUGUUGCUGCAUUUGUUAUGCCCUUAUCUCCCUGUUCUGCUUCGUACUGUGUGAAUGAUUAAGGGGAUUCUCCUGACUGCGUAAUGCUCACUGACAUACACCCCAGUAUUGUUGUGAAGUUCGGUUUUUAAAAGGUGCGUCACCAGAAAAUCGAUACUGAUGUCUUAAUACUGGUGUACAUGUGCGUGUGCAUUGCCCUUUUUUAUCGAGUAUGUUUUGUAAAUGAUACAUCCUUUUUAUUGAAUAUAUUUUGUAAAUAAACACACUUGUAA